CUCUUCCAGAUCAGAAAAGCUCGUCUCGAGCAGCUCAAGGCGCAGGGUGGUGGGGGAGGAGGCGGAGGAGGCAGCAGCAGCGGGGCAGGUGGUGCAGAGGAAGCGCGCAAAUCGAUUCUGAACCAAAUCCUCGAGCCCGAGGCCGCAGACCGUCUUGGCCGCAUCCGCCUCGUAAAAGAGUCCCGCGCACAAGAUGUAGAAAACCGCCUUAUUACGCUAGCGAGAAGUGGGCAGUUACGGCAGAAGGUCACGGAGGAGCAGCUUAAGGAGUUGCUAGGCGCAGUUGCGGAGGGGAAGGAAGAGGGGAAGAUUGUGGUUACGCGGAGGAAGGGAACGUGGGAUGACGAGGACGACGAUCUCUUGGAUCUCGAAUGA